AUGUUAUUUCUUCUAUUAAGUGUGCUCUCGUUCGCUGUGGCUGAGCCACCGGUUGCGGACAGUUACUUAGCAUCCCGGUCAGGUUACGGGGAGUCUCCUCAACAAUAUUUACCGGAACUACCUGAACCAUCUGUCCGGGGCUCCAAAGCAUUUACAAACACCAUCUCUGACCAAUAUCUUCUAUCAAGCACUAACGGAAUUUCUCAAGAAUAUGGACCUCCUAGCACCCGUAGCGGAUUAUCUCAAGAAUAUGGAACCCCUAACUUACGCAGUAUUGCAGAUUUUAGUAGUAAAACAUCACAGGAGUAUGCACCGUCAGUUCGUCACUCUCAAGAGCACAACCCUCUUAGCUCUUUGGGACACAGUUUUUCUGCGGCAAAUUCAAAAGCAGGAACAUCGCAAAGGUACGGUGCCGUAAGAACGUCCCCUUCAGAUGUAUACAGAACUCCAUCACUCAGAUCAUCUCCAACAACACAAUAUGGUGCCAAUGAAUUCCAAUCAACGAAUGCUGAGGAACGUAAUGUCCCAUUCCAAAGAAACAGUGGCUUUUCGAAUACUAGAAACUCAUCGCCCGUUCAAAAGUACGGUGUGCCCAAAUCUCGUAGCAGACAGUCUCUAUUUGGCACCAUAUCACAGGAAUAUUUACCUUCUUUAAGGUCUAAUACACCACAGGCGUACAAGUCAAAAGAAGCUUUCCCAUUUGGAACACAAAACCCCGCCCAAUUAUCUAGAAACAGUCCUUCACAAAUUUAUGGAACAGCCAACUCUCUGGCAACUCAGUAUAGUGCACCUGAAGCUAGAAAUGCUGGUGCAAAUUAUGGCGAUUCAAGCUUAUUGUCGACUACGUACAAUAGACCUGAUGAAAGGAGUCCUACUCAGGAAUAUGGUGUACCAGAAACAGGAACAGCUUUGAAAUCAAGCACCCUUGCAUCAUCUUAUUCAUCAGCUAGGUCACCAUCCCGGGAAUACGGCGCACCAUCGUCUCGUACCGCCAUGCCCACACCGCAGUACGGGACGCCAAGAAACCUCGACGGUUACUCCGAUCAAGGCUACGAGUAUGCAAGAAACGCCUUAGAACAGCUCAAUCAGGAACCAGCAAACUACGAAUUCUCUUACAAAGUAAGCGACUACGAGAGCGGCAGUGACUUUGGCCACGCGGAAAACCGACAGGACGAUAGAGCGGAAGGGGCGUACUUUGUCGUACUCCCUGAUGGAACCAAACAGUUAGUAGAGUACGAGGCUGAUGAAGAUGGAUUCAAGCCAAGGAUCUCGGUUAUACCAGCUGACUCUGCAUCUAGCCGCGCUGGUGAUGGGCCUUAUUGA